UCUUUCAUUUCCUACUUAAUACCCAACCCAGCAACAGUAAUGGAUCACAUCAACUCAACUCAACGAUCCAGCUAGCCCUAGCCAUGGCCAAGACCAACCACAAGCAGCCAUUGGCUUUGGCCUUCCUUGUCCUCCUGCUCGCCACCCUCGCCACCGCCGCCACCAACCUCACCCUGCACAACCUCUGCGCCCACCCCGUCUGGCCACUCGUCACCCCCAACUCCGGCCUCCCCGCGAUCGCCGACGCCGCUCGCCUCGACGGCCACGGCGAGGGCCUCGUCACCCUCACGUUCCCGCCCGCCGCGUGGUCCGGCCGCGUCGUGGCGCGCACCGGCUGCAGCGGCGGCGGAGCAGCGUCACCCGUCAAGUGCGAGACCGGCGACGCGCCGCCGGUGACGGUGGCGCAGGUGAGCGUGCAUGGGCCGCGGGGGCUGGCGGAGUACAGCGUGAGCCUGGUGGACGGGUUCAACGUGGCGGCGGUGAUCACGCCGCACGGGUUCGAGCAGGGGCGGGAGUGCCCGGCGCUCGGGUGCGCCGCCGACCUCGCCGUGGACUGCCCCGCCGACGCGAAGGCCCCCGGCGGCGGGUGCAUGGCGGUGGCCGGGCAGGCGGAGGUGUUCAAGGCGAGGUGCCCCGACACGCGCACGACGCCGACGGACGUGGAGGCGACGCCGCAGCGGUGCCUGGAGCCCGGCGAGCUCAAGGUCGUCUUCUGCCCGACGGCCGGAGACCACCUCGAUCUUGGACUCACUAACUAAUAUACUCCACUCAACUACGUUACUAAUCCUAAUGAUUAGUGGCAAAUUAAUCAUAAAUUAGAUAGGGCAUGCAAUUAACGCAAGUAGAGGAUGCGUCAUGCGUGCGUCGUGAUUGCAUUCAAGGUGCAUGGCGCGUCUCUCUUCAUCGGUUAGCCACAUAUAUUUAUUACUGUUAGAAAGGAAUGCAUGCUGUAGUUGUGAUCGUAUGAAUGAAUAAUAUAGUAUGUAUUUUUCAUCCUCCAAAUCAAAAUUAUUUGAACCACCCAUGUUUCUCACAAAUUUACAAAAUUUAUAAGGUUAAUCAAUGGCUGAGGAUUGAAACGUCUCUCUCGAUCAGUGCCCUGCUUAA